AUGGACGUGGACGUGGACGUGGAGGACUUGGACGUGGACAUGGACGUGGAUGUGGACGUGGACGUGGACAUGGACGUGGACAUGGACGUGGACGUGGACGUGGACGUGAACGUGGACGUGGACAUGGACGUGGACGUGGACGUGGACGUGGACGUGGACGUGGACCUGGACGUGGACGUGGACGUGGACGUGGUUGUGGACGUGGACGUGGACAUGGACGUGGACGUGGACGUAGAGGUGGAGGACUUGAACGUGGACUGGACGUGGACAGAUGGAGGACUUGAACUUCGACUGGACGUGUACGUGGACGUGGACGUGAACGUAGACAUGGACGUGGACGUGGACGUGGACGUGGACAUGGACAUGGACGUGGACGUGGACAUGGACGGGGACGUGGACGUCGAAGUGGACGUGGACAUGAAGAUGGACGUGGACGUGGACAUGGACGUGGACGUGGACGUGGACAUGGACAUGGAUGUGGACAUGGACGUGGACGUGGACGUGGACGUGGACGUGGAGGUGGACGUGGACGUGGACAUGGACGUGGACGUGGACGUGGACGUGGACGUGGACAUUGUCAUGGACGUCGACAUGGACAUGGACGUGGAGGUGGUCGUGGACGUUGACAUGGACGUGGACGUGGACAUGGAGGUGGACGAGGACGUGGACGUGGAUGUGGACGUGGAUGUGGACGUGGACAUGGAUGUGGACGUGGACGUGGACAUGGACGUGAACGUGGACGUGGACGUGGACGUGGACGUGGACGUGGACAUGAACGUGGAAGUGGACGUGGACAUGAACGUGAACAUGGACGUGGACAUGGACGUGGACGUGGAUGUGGACGUGGACGUGGACCUGGACGUGGACGUGGACAUGGAGGUGGACGAGGACGUGGACGUGGACGUGGACGUGGACGUGAACGUGGACGUGGACGUGGAUGUGGACGUGGACGUGGACGUGGACGUGGACGUAGUCGUGGACAUGGACGUGGACAUGGAUGUGGACGUGGACUUGGACGUGGACGUCGACGUGGUUGUGGACGUGGACGUGGACAUGGAGGUGGACAUGGACGUAGAGGUGGACAUGGAUGUGGUCGUGGACUGGACAGAUGGAGGACUUGAACGUGGACUGGACGUCGACGUGGACGUGGACGAGGACGUGGACGUGGACAUGGACCUGGACGUGGACGUGGACGUGGACGUGGCCAUGGACGUGAACGUGGACGUGGACAUGGACGUGGACGUGGACGUGGACGUGGACAUGGACGUGGACGUGGACGUGGACAUGGAGGUGGACGUGGACGUGGACAUGGACGUGGACGUGGACGUGGACGUGGACGUGGACAGGGACGUGGACAUGGACGUGGACGUUGAGGUGGAAGUGGACGUGGACAUGGACGUGGACGUGGACGUAGACAUUGUCGUGGACGUCGACGUGGACGUGGACGUGGACGUGGUCGUAGACGUGGAUGUAGACGUAGACGUGGACGUGGACGUGGACAUGGACGUGGACGUGGACGUGUACGUGGACGUGGACGUGGACGUGGACGUGGACAUGGACGUGGACGUGGACGUGUACGUGGACGUGGACGUGGACGUGGACGUGGACGUAGACGUGGAGGACUUGGACGUGGACGUGGACGUGGACGUGGACGUGGAUGUGGACGUGGACGUGGACGUGGAGGUGGACGUGGACGUGGACAUGGCUGUGGACGUGGACGUGGACGUGGAGGACUUGGACGUGGACAUGGACAUGGACAUGGACGUGGACGUGGACGUGGACGUGGACGUUGACGUGGACAUGGACGUGGACGUGGACGUGGACGUGGACAUGGACAUGGACGUGGACAUGGACGUGGACGCGGACGUGGAUAGGGAAGUGGACCUGGACGUGGACGUGGACAUUGACGUGGACAUGGAUGUGGACGUGGACAUGGAAGUGGACAUGGAUGUGGACGUGGACGUGGACGUGGACGUGGACAUGGACGUGGACGUGGACGUGGACGUGGAUGUGGACGUGAACGUGUACAUAGACGUGGACAUGGACGUAGACGUGGAGGACUUGGACGUGGACGUGGACGUGGACGUGGAUGUGGACGUGGACGUGGAGGUGGACGUGGACGUGGACGUGGACGUGGACGUGGACGUGGACGUGGACGUGGACAUGGACGUGGACGUGGACGUGGACAUCGACGUGGACGUGGACAUUGUCGUGGACGUGGAUGUGGUCGUGGACGUGGACGUGGACGUGGGCGUGGACGUGGAGGACGUGGACGUGGACGUGGACGUGGACGACGUGGACCUGGACGUGGACGUGGACGUGGACGUGGAAGUGGAGAUGGACGUGGACGUGGACGUGGACGUGGACGUGGACAUGGACGUGGACGUGGACAUGGACGUGGACGCGUGGUUGUGGACGUGGACGUGGACGUGGACGUGGUCGUGGACUUGGACGUGGACGUGGACGUGGACGUGGACAUGGACGUGGACCUGGACGUGGACGUGGAAGUGGACGUGGACAUGGACGUGGACGUGGACGUGGACGUUGAUGUGGACAUUGUCGUGGACGUGGACGAAGACGUGGACGUGGUCGUGGACGUGGACGUGGAUGUGGACGUCGACGUGGACGUGGACAUGGACGUGGACGUAG